AUGGAGCAUUCACCGUAUUCGCAAAGCCCGAGUCCAUCAUCGUCAUUGGUAAACUUUCCAACACCAACAAACUUACCAGAUAUCAGAUUACACAGACCAUUUAGUCAGAUGCACGACCUCAAGCACCUACACAGCCCGUUCAAUCUGCGGUUCAUGGAGAACUACCCGGCGCUGCCCGCGCACCUGCUGCACCAUCUGCAGUCGCCGUUCUUGCACCCGGCGCUGGACCCGCGGGUGUCGUUUUCGCCGGCGGGCGUGUUCCAACCGCUCGGCCCGCCGAGUCCGCACCACCAGCACCCGCACCACCAACACCAUUCGCAUCACGCGGCCGCUGCGGCCGCGGCCAGCCUCAAGGGGUUCACUUCGGCGUUCGCGCCGCCGGCCAAAUGCUACAAGAUGGACGACAAACAGGCGUCGCACGCCGAAGGAGCGGCGCAACAACAACAACAACAGCAGCAGCCGCCGGGUUCGCACCAACAGCAUCAUCAACAACAGCAGCAUCAACUCCAGCAGCAGCAGCAGCAACAACAACAACAACAACAACAACAACAGCAACAACAACCGGUACCGCCGUCGUUUCCGUAUCCGCCCAGGAGGAGUCCUUGUUCGCCGGGCAACAUGCCCGUGUCGCCGCCGUCGUCCAGCGCCGCUGCCACGAUGCACCAACAGCACAAGGACGAGUGCUCGGACAGGGACACGCCGAGUUCCGGUGCGGUAUCCGAAGACGGCAGGAUGAUCAGAAGUAAGUGCAUUUUAUAUAAUAUUAAGUACAGUUAA